AUGAAUGAACCACAAGACCCUAUACUCGUCGCCCUUUACGCAAGGGUUUCCAGCGAGCGGCAGGACGUAGAUAUUUCCGUGUCGGCUCAGCUACGGGUGCUCAGCGACUACGCCCGGAAGAACGGCUACGCUGUCGCACGGGAGUACGUGGACGAAGCCGAGGGUGGCCGCGUCCCCGCCCGGCCGGAGUCCCGAAGGACGAUCGAGGAGGCCGGAUGUACCGACACUCCCUUCCUGCAUAUCGGGCCCGAGAGACAGCUUUUCCUUGAUGAUCUCCUCAUCGAGAGCCUCGGCGGACUUGAGAUUGUGAUGCAGCGGCCUGUCAAACCGGACGCGCCGGGAGGGGACAGAGCCGUGGGAAAGAGGGAGUGGCCAGCAUAUAUCGGCAAUUCUCUGCACUACGACGAGGAAGACGGUCUGUUCAAGGCGUGGUACGACACGCCGAGAGGGGUCGCAUACGCCACGUCGCAGGACGGCGUCCACUGGGAGAAGCCGAGUCUGGGGAUUCGAGAGUAUGAGGGAUCGACCGACAACAACCUGAUCAGUCCCGGGCGGAACUUCAGCGUCAUCAAGGACGCGAGGGACGAUGACCCGUCGAAGCGGUACAAGGCCAUGUACUGGCACUCACUGCGUGGUUCCAACGCGCCCUGGGGCGGCAAGGGGCACUUCGUGGCGUACUCUCCCGAUGGGGGGCAUUGGACUCCCGACGAGCGGAAUCCGGUCAUCGAUUUUCGCAACGGGCUGACGGACGGACAGUUCGUGCUGGGCUGGGACUCCGAUCACGAUAAGUACGUGGCUUACAUGCGGCCCAACACCUACUUCUUCGAUCCCGACAGGAGGACAUCGGCCUGGAUCGCUAGCGACGACUUCGUCAACUGGGGCCCGCCGGUCUUGGCCGUGGAGCCGGAGGAAACUGACGAGGUCGAGAUCGAGUACUACCGCAUGACCGUGGCGAAGUAUGAGGGAGUCUACUUCGGCUUCAUCUGGGUCUACCACAACGACGUGGUGGAGUUCGCGGACCAGUCGCGCGACUCGAUUCUGGCCGCGAGCCGAAACGGGAUCAGCUGGAGCAAGCCGUUCGGGAGCGAGACCUUCCUUCCAACAGGAGAGCCCGGUGACUGGGACUCGAGGGUGAUCGACGGGGAGCGCCGGGCGUACGGCGUUGGUGUAGCAAAGCUGCGACGCGACGGUUUCGCGCCGGUUAGACCGAAGUCGGGCGAGGGUGCGCUGACGACCGAGCCGCUGACGUUCCUCGGCACGACGCUCCACCUGAAUGUCGAGAGCUCACGGGGCAGGGUCGAGGUGGAAGUGCUCGACCAGAGAGGCGAACCGGUCGAAGGCUACUCACGCGCGGACUGUGUGCCCAUCUCGACCGACUCGACGGACCACACGGUGAAGUGGAGCGGCGACAGAGACCUCGUCCAUGCCACCGACACGCCUGCCGACAUAGGGGGCGAGACAAGGGCCUUCAGGUCGAGGCUCAGGAAGCCGGUGAGGCUAAGGUUCAACCUGAAGGACGCGAGUCUGUACUCGUUUUGGGUGGAUUGA